UUCGAUUUGUCUCGAUUAUGUCACUGGUAACGAUUUUUUAUUUGACAGAGCAAAGUCAACGAGACAACAUGGUAUUCAUCAAGGUCUUGUUAGUAGCAGCGUUUUGCAUUUGCCAAGGUGCGGCGAUGUGUAACGAGUGGAACCAGAUCGAAUGUGAGACGAGCGAUGGGUGUGUGAACAUGUACAACCUCUGCGACGGGCGGAGCCACUGCAAAGACAACUCCGACGAGGAUCACCGUUUUUGUUCCGUUUUUGACCAGUCAGUAUGCAGUUCAAAUGGAUUUUUUCUUUGCAACCAAAAGGGUAACUUGACCUGCAAGACCGCCAGGGAAUACUGCGAUGCGUCCAACUCUCCUUGCGAUAAUAAAAACGAGCGGCUGUGCCAGAUGCUGAAGGAUGGAAAACUACAAACGAACGUGUUUGUUGCCGAAACUUCGGGUGAUGAGUUCCUUGAAAAGUUCAACGUUACAAUUGAACAUCCUGAUUGUCCUCACCUGUACACACGUGUUGGCGACCACUGCUUGUCAUUCUUUUUCUUUGGAUUGGUCAACUGGGGAGAAGCUCGGUCUUUCUGCAAGAUGAAUGGCGGUGACCUUUUGACCUUUCAAGAUGGCGUCGGGAUCUUCUACGAAAUCGUCCGCCACCUCCACGAGCACAAUAUCACCUCGGACUUCUGGGUUGGGGGAGCCAUACGAAACAGUACAUGGACAUGGGUGGACGGCAACCCCAUUGAGCUGGGCACCCCCUACUGGUCCCUCAGAACGAACCCUAAUUGCCGGCAUCGCAACCAGACCGACAGAUACAAUGAAGAAUCUUGUAAUCAGUACCUGCAACGACCACUGACUCCCGUCGUAGGUAUGUGCGCCGCCCUUGCCUUCGAGAACUACUUCUACAUGAGCGACGAAGACUGCAUGACGAAGAAGAGCCCUUUGUGCGUCGCGGAAAAGGAACCUACUGUGAAGGUGUGAAGCAUUCGCAAGCAUGUUUUCCAUAGAGUGCUGUUUCCUUCUUUCUUUCUUUUUUUAAUGGUGAACUCCAAUUUGUUUCCUGACAUUCGCGACCAAGUUGUGAAUAGAAGCAAGUUCGUGUUGUGAUACUGCAUUUGUGACUGAUGUUUAUAUCAGCUGACUACAAUAAGAAAUUUUGAAAUGA